UAAAAAUAAGCUGUGUUGGGUGAAAUAGAGUUGAUUAUUAUAAUGGUGUUUAUAAGAGCUUAACUAUGUCAUGAAUAAACAAAAUCGAGUGGUCAACUAUUGCCAAAACUAUAUAACGUCAUCAAAAAUAAGGACAUGUUAAUCAUUUUAUCAGCACUUAGGACGAAUGUGUCGUCUCGUGAAUUUGUUUCUAUAUUUAUAAAGAGUACAACGAAAUUAUUGACGGUUGAAAGGAGCUUUCUUGUGUUUGUUGUCAACUAUCAGCGUGCAACGAUACAAUCUAAGUGGAUCAUGCUUUCACUGCAACCAAUUUCAAUUCUAAGCGCUGGUGCCGAUGAAGAAAAGGCAGAAACCGCCCGACUUUCUUCAUUCAUUGGAGCCAUUGCUAUCGGUGAUCUUGUUAAGACUACUUUGGGUCCUAAAGGAAUGGACAAAAUCCUCCUCUCAUCCGGAGAAACUGUCGAAGUGACAAAUGAUGGUGCUACUAUUCUGAAGUCAAUCGGGGUAGAUAAUCCUGCAGCUAAGAUCCUUGUUGAAAUGAGUAAAGUUCAAGAUGAUGAGGUUGGCGAUGGCACAACUUCAGUAACUGUUCUAGCCGCAGAAUUAUUGCGUGAAGGUGAACAACUAAUUGCUGCUAAGCUUCAUCCUCAAACUAUUGUACAAGGUUGGCGUGAGGCUACUAAACUGGCCUUAGCGGCUCUUGAUUCGGCUGCACAUCAGUUAUCAAACCAGUCAGAUGCUGAAUUCCGUAACCGUCUGUUAAGUAUUGCACGUACAACUUUGAGUUCCAAGCUCCUGACACAACAUAAAGAACACUUUGCAAAUUUAGCGGUAGAUGCUGUUCUUCGUCUCAAAGGUAGUGGAAAUCUUGAUGCUAUUCAAAUUAUUCAGAAGCUGGGUGGAACCAUGACUGAUUCUUAUUUGGAUGAAGGCUUUCUUCUGGAUAAACGACCUGGUGUAAACCAACCUAAAAGAGUGGAAAACGCCAAAAUACUGAUCGCCAACACUCCUAUGGAUGCAGAUAAAAUUAAAGUAUUUGGAAGCAAGAUCCAAGUAGAUGCUAUUUCAAAGGUGGCUGAAUUAGAACUAGCCGAAAAGCAAAAAAUGAAAGACAAAGUCGACAAAAUUUUAAAGCAUAACUGUUCAGUAUUUAUUAAUAGGCAGUUAAUAUAUAACUACCCCGAGCAGUUGUUUGCUGAUGCUGGUAUUAUGGCAAUUGAGCAUGCAGAUUUCGAAGGUGUGGAAAGGUUGGCUCUAGUUACUGGUGGAGAAAUCGUUUCCACAUUCGACUCUCCGGAGACUACAAAAUUAGGACAUUGUGAUUUGAUAGAAGAAGUUACAAUUGGUGAAGACAAGUUACUUCGAUUCAGCGGUGUUGCUAUGGGUGAGGCUUGCACGAUUGUCUUGAGGGGUGCUACAAAAAGUAUCCUGGCAGAAGCAGAACGCUCCCUUCAUGACGCUUUAUGUGUUUUGGCUCUCACAGUAAAAAAUCCCCGGACAGUUUGUGGUGGUGGAGCUAUGGAGAUGUGGAUGGCUGAAGCAGUAGCACAGGGUGCUGCUAAAACACCAGGAAAAAUAUCUUUAGCUAUGGAGUCCUUCGGUCGAGCUUUGAGACGCUUGCCUUCUAUAAUAGCAGAUAAUGGUGGUUAUGAUAGCGCAGACUUGAUCUCUCAGUUACGUGCUUCUCAUGCAAAUGGUGAAAAAUCCAUGGGUUUGGAUAUGAACAAUGGAGUAAUUGCCGAUAUGAAUGAACUCGGGAUUAUUGAAUCGUAUGACGUAAAGCAUCAUUUGGUGACAUCAGCUGCAGAAGCUGCGGAAAUGAUAAUACGUGUAGAUGACAUCAUUAAAGCUGCUCCUCGUCGUCGAGCUCCUCGAAGGCAUUAAACAAAAUUAGCUUUAUCACCAAUUGUUUGUGAAGUAAACAAUAAAUUCAUCAGUUGGAAUCAUGAAAUAUAAGUUGUUUGUAUAUUGAAUUUUAUUUCUUUCAUUUAGAAAUGUUACUAUUAU